AAAAGAGAAAACUCAAAACACUAGUAAAACCCUAGCCUACCGGAGAGAGCGCCGAGACCGAGAGGCCUGCUAGUCGGGGAGCCUGCCCGCGUGAGGUGGCUACAGCAGAGCUCUUCCGCCGCCAAAAAUGUUCUCGCCGGCGAUCAGGAAGCCCCUCCACCUCCACCGCAGGGACAAGGGGGGCGCGACCCCUUCACCUCCUCCGGCUCCCGUCCACUCCCCGUCACCUGGUGGAGCGGCCCUCUCCGACCGCCCCGCCACUGGCACCCCGGCCCCAUGGACCUCCUCCUCCCUCCUCGCUAGGAUUUCGACUUCGAAGCAAAUAGACAGGGCUGGCGAUUCGGACCAGAUCCAACCAGUGCGCGUAGCAGAGUUUCCCCAAGUCGUGAGGAAUGCACAAGACAACCUUAUACAGAAGAAUUUUUCUGGCAAGACCAUGCUUGCUGGUGGCAUUGACAAAGAAACAUCGCUUGCAUGGAUGAUAUGUGGAAAUGAGCUAUUUAUCUGGAGCUACUUGGCUUCUGUUGCAAAAGAUUGUCGUGUACUUGAGCUCCCAUCUUCCCUUAUGGGAACCAAAGAUGCAAGACCCCUCUGUGGGAAUCAGUGGAUGCUGUGCAUCAUUAGAUGUUGCAGUAGUGAUCCAUCAACAGGGAACAAUGGGGAUAUGUUGCACGGAAGAAGUUCGAUCGGUGUUAUCCUCUGCAACAGAAGAACACAAGCUAUUGCAUAUUGGCCUGAUAUCUAUGACAGUAGCAAGAGUCCAGCUCUUAGUUUAUUUGGCUACAGUGGGGCAUCUGCAAGUGAUGGUACAUCUGGAUGUCAUACGUUUAACUCACUCAUUGCAACUUCCAUUCCAGGACGCAUUCAGGAAUGUAUUGUGAUAGCUUCUGAACCGACAGGCACUUUAUGGCUGUUUCAGUGUUCACCAGUAGAAAUUCAUCGAAGAGAAGUUCAUCAGGAUACAUCAGAAGAUAAUGGUACAGAUCAUUCUCAGAAAAAUAAUGGUGGGAGAUCAUUGGCUUGGCUACCAUGUAAUGUAUCAUCCGAGGCUGAUGAGCAGAAGUUCUUUCUGUUGACUGGCCAUGGGAUACAAUGUUGGAGCAUCUCACUCUUGCAUGACAUCAAUGUAAAAAAAAUAGGGUCUCAGGAAAUUGUUGGCAGUGAUGGGGAGUUGGGCAUAAAAAAGGACAUAGCUGGGCAGAAGAACAUCUGGCUUUUGGACAUGCAGAUAGAUGAGCACGGAAAGGAAUUUAACAUUCUUUCUGCUACCUUCUGCAAAGAUAGGGUGAGUGGGUCGAACUAUACUCAGUAUUCUCUUCUGACAAUGCUGUACAAAUCUAACCAGAAGUUUUCAUCCCAAGAGAAUGUGGCCAAAUGUGAAAGGUUUUUGGAGAAAAAAGCUCCUUCUCAGGUGAUAAUUCCUAAAGCUAGAGUGGAGGAUGAAGAAUUUUUGUUCUCCAUGAGGCUAAAAACUGGUGGUAAACCUUCUGGCUCAGUGAUCAUCCUAUCAGGUGAUGGAACAGCAACAGUGGCCAUCUAUUGGAGAGGUUCCACCCGACUUUAUCAAUUUGAUCUUCCUUGGGAUGCUGGAAAGGUUUUGGAUGCUUCCAUUAUCCCAUCCGCUGAUGAUAGAGAUGAAGGAGCUUGGGUUGUUCUGACUGAAAAGGCAGGAGUCUGGGCAGUACCUGAAAAGGCUGUAUUAGUUGGUGGGGUUGAGCCUCCGGAGCGCAGCUUAUCACGAAAAGGUAGUUGUAAUGAAGCAAUCGCUGAAGAGAAAAGGAGAAGUCAGGCAUUCAGCGCCAGUGUUGUUCCCAGAAGAGUUAGCUCUGAGGCUUGGACUGCUGGAGAAAGGCAAAGGCCAUCAUUAACUGGCAUAGCUCAGCAGGUUGUGGUUGAUGAAGAGGCAGAAAUGUUACUCAAUCGUCUCUUUCAUGAUUUUAUUUUGUCUGGUGCAGCUCAUGAGGCACUUCAAAAGCUUAGAGCAUCAGGAGCAUUUGAGAAAGAGGGUGAGAUGAAUGUAUUUGUUCGGAUAAGCAAAUCCAUUGUAAACACAUUAUCUAAGCACUGGACAACAACUAGAGAAGCUGAAUUUCUUGCUUCGACUAUUGUUUCUUCCCUUGCUGAGAAGCAGCAAAAACAUGAGAAAUUCCUUCAAUUUCUUGUCUUGUCCAAGUGCCAUGAAGAACUAUCUUCAAAGCAAAGAGCUGCAAUGCUAAGUGUCAUGGAGCAUGGAGAAAAACUCUGUGGAGUGAUCCAGCUAAGAGAAUUACAAAAUGUGCUUAGCCAGCAGCGUUCAAGCACACAUUUAUCACCUCAGUCAAAAACCCAAACUACUGGGGCACUUUGGAACCUCAUCCAGUUGGUUGGUGAGAAAGCUCGACGAAACACUGUUCUGUUAAUGGAUCGUGAUAAUGCUGAAGUGUUCUACAGUAGAGUUUCUGACAUAGAGGAUCUAUUUUACUGUUUGUCUCAUCAACUUCAGUAUAUUAUAACCGGAGAAGAACACCCGUCUGUUCAGAUGCAGCGCGCACUUGAAUUAUCAAAUGCUUGUGUGACCUUAGGGCAAGCAGCAUUGCACUACAGAGAGGAGCACAAGGACUGGUAUCCUUCUCCUGAAGGACUGAUAACAUGGAACAGUCAGCCUGUUGUGCGGUCUGGAAUCUGGACCCUGGCAUCAUCUGUGAUGGAGCUUUUGAGAGAACCAGGAGCUGCAGGCAUGUCGAUGAAGUCCAAUCUAUGUUCUCAGCUGGAAGGACUUACAGAUAUGCUAUUGGAGGGAUAUAUAGGUCUGUUAACUGCAAAAUUUGAACGUGGGGAGGACCAUGGUGUGCUAGCCCAAGAGUACUGUGAACGGAGAGACAAACUUCUUGGAGCCCUUUAUGACCUUGCAAAACAAAUUGUAGAGGCAAAAUAUCAGGAGUCGAGAGAAGGUGAUGACAAUCUUGAUCUGAAAGAAUCUAUAUUUAGAGAGGUUACUUCUCCUAUUUUAGCAACAGCUAAACGGCAUGAAGGGUACCAAACGUUGUGGCAGAUUUGCUAUGAUAUCAGUGAUACUGUUCUCCUACGCAAUCUAAUGCAUGAUAGUGUAGGACCUCGCGGGGGAUUUGGUUUCUAUGUUUUUGAACAGCUGACCAAUAGCCGCCAAUAUGCUAAGUUGUUGAGGCUGGGAGAAGAAUUCCAGGAAAUGCUAGCUAGUUUUCUUAAAGACCGGACUGAUCUUCUGUGGCUUCAUGAGAUAUGCUUAAAUCAGUUCUCAGCUGCUUCAGAGACUCUUCGUACAUGUGCCUUGCUUUCGACUCCCAGGGAAAAUGCUGAUCUCACAAGUAAUAGAAAGCCGCUGUCAUUUGUUGAAAGAAGGCGUCUUCUAUAUCUCUCUAAAAUUGCUGCAACAGCAGGUAAGGAUGAAGAUUACGAAGUGAUAGUUGCAGGGAUAGAUGCUGAUAUCCGGAUUCUAAAACUGCAGGAAGAGAUUAUUCAACAUGAUCCAGAAUAUGCGCAGGGUAAAUAUACAAACAAGCUGCUUCGUCCAUCAGAGCUCAUUGAGAUGUGUCUGAAGAGAGGCCGAGACCUUUCUCUCAAAGCUUUUGAAGUAUUUGCUUGGACAAGCUCCUCGUUUCGAAGUUCCAACAGAGGCCUUCUAGAGGAUUGCUGGAUGAAUGCAGCCAACCAGGAUGACUGGCUCAAGCUUUCACAGUCAUCCACAUCACAAGGCUGGAGCGACGAAGUCACCCAAGAAUCUCUCCAUGGAACGGUCCUCUUCAACGCUUCCAGGCUAUGUUAUGGCCCAGACGCAGUUGUGCUUGGCGGUUCAUUUGAAGAGGUGCUGCCUUUGAGGAAAGAGGAUGUGCAUGCGAGAGGUCUGGAGGGCAAAUGCUUCUCAGUGGAGGAAGUGCUGAUGCAGCACGAUGUUUUCCCGGACGCCGGUAGAUUGAUGAUGACAGCAGUGGUAUUGGGCAAGGAGCUAUCUUUUGAUGUUCCAGCAGAUGAACCUGUGGAGAUGGACUCGUGAUAAUGUCGGAGAGGAAAAGUGUUGGGCAGACUCCCAAAUCAAUGUUCUUACUUUGACUUUGUGAUGAGCAUCCAAUAGUCUUAUAACUACAAUCAGAAUUAUUUUAGUGGAAUGGAACGUGGAGUGCAUGUUGUAUUUAGUGGCAAAACCAUUUGUAGAGACCGCAACAUUGCUAGCUCCUGCCUUAUUUUUAGGUCGAGCUCGGUUUUGAGAGUUGAAAUAGGCUGUUUUUCUCUUUGUCUCAGUAAAUAAGCUGAUGAUGUUAUGGAAUCGAUGCAUGAACUGGGGAUGCAAAAACCUCGCCGCGUUACUCUUUUUCUUCA